GCUCUUGAUCCUUGUUCGCGCGGCCAGUAGUCUCCACAGAACAACAGCUCAAACAUGGCGGAACAGACGGAGAAGGCUUUCCUCAAACAGCCCAAGGUUUUCCUCAGCUCCAAGAAGACUGGUAAGGGCAAGAGGCCUGGAAAGGGAGGCAAUCGCUUCUGGAAGAGCGUUGGGCUCGGCUUUAAGACUCCCAGAGAUGCUAUUGAAGGAACAUACAUUGACAAGAAGUGCCCUUUUACUGGCAAUGUCUCCAUCAGGGGUCGCAUUCUGGCUGGUACCUGCCACAGUGCAAAGAUGUCCAGGACUAUCAUUGUGCGGCGCAAUUACCUCCACUACAUAAAGAAGUAUCAAAGGUAUGAGAAGAGGCAUUCAAACAUUCCUGCCCAUGUUUCACCAUGCUUCCGUGUGAAGGAGGGAGAUCAUGUCAUCAUUGGGCAGUGCAGGCCAUUGUCAAAGACAGUGAGGUUUAAUGUCUUGAAGGUCAUUCCAGCUGGGUCUUCUUCUGCCUUUGGGAAGAAGGCAUUCACUGGAGCAUAAGAUAGCAUUUCUGGCAGUUUAUGCAACUACCUUAGGUUGAGUUAUCUUUUGGAACAUCUGUUUUUUGCCAAUUUAAUUUGCGCCUUUUAUGUAAUUUGAAUGUUAAGGUUAUCUUCAGAACUAUAAUUUUGAAUCCCAAAAUACUGUGUUUUCUGCGGAAAAUUUGUUA